AUGUUACCCAGACCUAGAGCAAGACGUAGGCGCCCACUUCAAUACAUAACUAACAUCUUUGGAUGCGUUAAGAAAAACAAGUCACCAAUCAAGCAGGCUGCGCCAAUUUUAAUUCCAGACUCUCCUGACUUGUUUAUUGUGGAAACUCCCAAUAACUCAGUCCAUGAAGAUAUGGAGUCACAGACAGAAGAAGUUAUUAUCACAGAAGUUGAGAUCCAUCAAGUUCCAAACCCAGCAGGAGACAACGCAUCCCAAGAAAUCUAUACAGCGAGACCAUUGGUCCCUUAUAGCCAAUCUAGUGAAUCAAGCCAAGAGAGUGAACUACACUUCCAUUUGACACCAACACCCAUCACAUACUCACAAGACAGCGAAGACGAUAAGAUUGAACCAAGCCAAAUGCCCCCACGACGACUGAAAUCAGCCAGUACGCAAGUGUUAUGUGAAAGCCAGAGUAGCGAGAUAGAUAGUUAUGCAGAAUUGUCAGGUAAAAAUAGUGAGAGUAGCCAGAAAUCAGUAGAAAGUAAUCAAGAUAGCAGUAGCCCUAUAGGAAGCUCGAACGACAGUAGGUUUCCCCCUCAAAGGUCACCAUUUGACUCCUCUGACAGUAGAUUAAAUAGAACACAUAGUGGUAGCAAUAGUACAACUGACUACUUUACCAGGACUGAUAAUAGUAGUAAUGACACGACAGACUUUUUCAAUUCACAAGCAAAAAGUACUGACCUUGAGAACAGUGACUGCGUCAUUAUCUCAAGUAGCGAGACUGUUAAUACAGUAAACAGUGAUGAUCCAUUCGGGUCACCAUUGUAUUAUUCCACGCCGAAACAAUCAGUCAGUUCUGAUUCAUCAAUCCUUAUCCCACCCAAUGCUCCAAAAAGAAAAAAAAAACAGGAGAAGGAUCAUUAA